AUGAAUAAAGAUAUAAACCGGCGCAAAGUAACUUCUCUUGGCAACUCUUGGAUAAUUUGUAAAUCAAAAUCCCAUCCAGGACAUGUGUAUUAUUUCAAUAGUUUAACUGGGCAAGCAGCGUGGAAUCUUAGUGAUGCGGAGAUUGAGAAGGCAAGGCAGACGACUAAACGUCUUGAACAGUUGCCAGGUGCUGAACUUGCAUGCCCAGAACCGAAGGAAAAACCACCAAGUCCUUCCCCAAAUCCUGAACCAAUUCAACCAGCCCUUAAGAAAAGAAUCCCUCCUUUCGAAAAUCCUCAAUUGAAUAUUAUUCAAGAACAACCAUCAUCACUUUUGGCGAAUUUGAAUGUUCCUCUGAACCAAAUGACAAGUAUUUUACAGGGCACACAAAUUACUAAUACUUCUUCUUUGGGUCCUAUUUGUAAUAUGAAUUUAUUGAAUAAUCCUACACAUACUUUCAAUUUGAGUAAUCCUACUCCUAUGUAUAAUCCUAAGGUUUGGGCAGUUCCUCAAGCACAACAAAUUUUCAUACCAACACCAAUAGCUCCUAUAGUGAAUCAAGGUCCCAAUUCUUUGAAUGGGGCUUACAACAAGUUUAUAGAAUCUUCUACUGGAAUCAUUUUGGACAAUUUAAACAAUGCAAGUACUUCAAGUAUUCAAGUAGGGUCCUAUGCAUUUAACACAAGGGAUUUGAAGUUUAGAAAGGGAUUUCAGCAGCCUAUCAACAAGAAACAUGGAUUUGCAAACAAGAAAGAUCUACGACAAAUGUUAUCUUUUAAGAAUAGGUUUCAAAGAAAACCUGGAGGAUCUGGUGUCCACAUAAACGGUAACCAACACGGAAAUCAUUCUAAUGAUUUUCAAAGCAGAAUUGGAAAUAAGGAUAGCAAAGGCACAGAACAAAUACUUGAAGAUUCUUCAAAGAUUGAUAUAACUCCUAUGAAGAAUUUGGCAUCUUCGGAUUGUAAUUCAGAUGCAUGGUUUAUAGUUAUGGAUUUGGAAGUAUUACUAAAUGAGUUCAAAUUUCUUAAUACAGUAACAGAUUCAGAUGAAAUAUGUCAUCUUAUGGUUCCUAAACGGGUUAUGGAGGAACUUAGAAUUUAUGUGACAUGUACUGAGAAUGUCCAAGCGAGACGUAUCUUACGAUUUCUGUCACAACAGAUUGAGAUUGGUUAUGCUUUCAUGGCGGAAUAUCCAUGUGGAGCAGAAAAUUUGUCUAUGACAGAAGUGAUAGAAGCAACUUGUGCUGAACUUGUAAAAAAGAAAUAUCAUUUUAUUCUUUUAACCAACGAUAAUGAGUUAAUUACUAAAAAGUCAUUGGUAAAUAUUCACAUGUUUACCAUAAGUGAAGUUCGUAACCUUUUAGGGAUUCAACCAAAGAAACAACAGAUAGUAACCCCUAAUGUCGUUCCAAAACCAAAAUUAUCUGUAAACGAACUUCUGAAUAAAAUAAAGAUUACUGUGCCAAACAACUUUUCACCAAAUCGAGACACUACCAGUCCUGAUAAAGAUAUUAAAUAUGAUGAAAUUAUUGACGAAGUUCCUGAAAUAGCACCAAAUCAAAAAGAUAAUACAGAAAAACCAGUAUCAUUGAAACAUACUGUUGAUGCUGGCAUUCAGACUGAUUUAAAAUAUAACGAGUCUAAUAGUAGUGUUUCGAAAGAACUCGAAGAGUUUCCUGGAGUAUCAAAAAAUAUUGAAAUCAGAAAAGAAGCAGUUACGAGGCCUCCUGAGACUUCAGCCGUCGUAAAUGUAUCUAAGAAGAGAGGAAUAAAACUUAAACGUAGUGUGUCAAGUCAACCACCUGUAAAUUCUGAAGAAAACAGGCAAUUUAAAUAUAAAUGGCGCAGGCGUAGAAACACUACUUCUCAAUCGAAUAAACAAAUUCCAACUGAUAGUGAUGAAAUAACAAGCUCUAAAGAACUGGAAACAUUUUUUUCAUCCAAUGAUAAUCCGAAGGAACACGACGAACCAUCUACCGACGACCCUGUGUCUGAAAGCACAGACAAUAAAGUUGUAAAUGACAGUAUUGAGAGUAGAGAAUCAAGUAUUAUUGCUCAUCCGCGGAAUUCUGUAAGUCAAGAAAAUGUAACAAUUGAUGAAACUUCAACAUCUAGUAUAAUAUCUAACACUGAGAGCAGUGUUGAUGAUAAUUUUACUACUUCAUCAAAUCAGGUAUUUCAUAGAAAAAACAAUGAUAAGUCCAUGUAUAGAGUCGAUAGUACAACUAUGGAGCAGUAUUUAAAAGUGAAAUGUGAUGAAUGGAUAUCUAGAUUUGUUCAGAUAAUGGAAGAAGUUUUAACCCAAGUAUUACACCAGGAUCCACCAUUUUCAAAUUCUAAGUUACCGCCUCCUUGGACAUUACACGAGGCAGCUCUAUGUAUUGCAAUGAAGUUCAGUGAUUAUAAAGAUAUUAAAGAGGCAGCUAACAAAUUGUCCAAUAUGAUCUUUUGUGUCAGUGAUAUUAAAGGUAACAUUGCGUUAAAUAUGACUGCAUCUCAAUAUAUGCAAAUGUAUAGCUAUGGUAUGCAUCUGCUUGGUGCAUUAAUGGAGGCCACCUAUAACAUUGAAGAUAUAAAAAUUGCUGUGGAAUCGUUAAAUACGUUACUACACGAUAUAAAGAAUCCUUGCGUGGAUCAUAGUGUAAACGACAGUUUUAACGAUAAUGUUCACGAAACUUCAUCAAAUAAUAAUGCGAUGUUACAUUCAGAUUUACCGGGUAACAAUGAUGGGGUAUCGGAACACGAUCAUGAAAUGUCAAUUGAUGAUAAUGAUAAUAUCGCAGAAGUUAAUAAAAAAUCCCCAAUGAAAAGAAAACUAGUUCAAGAGGAAACGCCGACGCAAGUAAAAUUUAUUAGAAAUAUUAAUAUAAAUCCUUCCUUGUUUAAACAUUUGACUUUUCAAAAAAGUAGUACAUCUAACAAUGGUUUGAUUGAUAAGAGCAAUUUGCAAAGCGAAGAAAAAACAAAUAGUUAUAAAGUAGCGGAAAGAGACACACCGUUAAACACUGUUGAAACAGCUACGAAUACAACGGAAAAAGAAAAUAAUGCACCAACCAGCCAGCCAAGUAUUAUAAGGAAAUUCACUGCAUUUCCAGAGUUAGAGAAAAAAUUGCAUAUUAGUAACCUUUAUGAAAAUCACGAUGAAGAAUUGGACUAUGAUGAGGAUGAAGAGUAUUUAACAGAGGAAUACUGUUCAGAAGAUGAUAACAGUGGCGACCUACAUGACGAAUCUUUUAGCAAUAAUAUAGAAGAAACAGAUUCACUUAGGCCCAAUGAACGUAUAGCUUUAGAAGAAAUCGAUCCUUGUUUGAUAAAAGAAAACAAUGAAAAGUUUAAGUACGCAAUGUAUAUGUUUAUCCAAGAAAUUAAGGGUGCUCUGAGUCAAGUGCAAAUUUUAUGUGAUCGGUGUUACAAAGUAUUGGAGAAUCCAGAUGCAUCAACAGAGCUGAGGCUUCAACUGCGAGCAAAGGCUGAAUCAGCUCGUUUACAUAUCACUCGUUUGAGUAAAUCUUUAGAAAGUAUGCUGGAUCAUGAGACAAGCAACUUAAAUCGAAGUAUGUCGAAAUUGUUGGUGCAAGCUGAUGUGAAUUUAGCUGAAGUGGAUACUGAACUGCUUUCUAAAUACAGGAUUAGUAUAACAAAGUGUAAAGAGUGCGCUGACGGCUUCCUGAAAUCCACACAAGAUAUUAUUUCUCGUUUAACGUGCGUUUAA